UUUUGCCUUUUGAUAAGCGCGUCGCGGUCAGAACGCUGUGUGUAGUCUUUGUCUGAAUUGUGGCAUGUGAGCAUCUCAGAAGUUCAUCUCUUGUGACUUUUGCACUAAAUUCGCUUGCAUUUUUUUUUGUGUGGAAUUGUCCCAAAAAAGGAAUAUUCAAGAAAAAAAAAUCAGUGAAGAACUUUGAACAAUUUUUUGUGUGAUAAAAAAAUCGUAAUCAGUGAAGAAGAUCCAAGAAGAGAUCAAACCCCCGAGAACGGUGACACAUUUGUAUUCCUGGGAGAUGAUUAAUGCAGUGACUAUCAAUAGAAAACAUAAAGUUGAGAGAAUUCUAAAGGAAAAAACUUGAACAAUUCAGUUUCGAAGAAAAAGAAAUCGCGAAAGAAAAAGAAUUUACGAAAGAAAACGUAUAUAGAGGAAAAGAUGUACGUUUGCUGGGUGAAUCCAUCCCAAAUGGGUAUGAUCCCAUCGACAAUUGUCUGGCCACAUCAGUAUCCACAUCAGCUGCAGCGUCCUUUCUCGCCAACUCGGCACUUUUCAUCCGUAUCGCAUUUUCGUUCAUGGACACAGAGUGAGUUCUUCUUUGUUUCUUUUGUGUACAUUACAUACAAUUUUCUCCCGCGCAGACUGUUGUAUAUAUUCCUUGAAGAUGCGUCGUCUUCUUGUAUGAGAUUAUGUGGCGUCUCAAGCACGUUCUAUGCGCUUGCGCCUUGGGAUCUGUUUACGUCGGCGCCACAAAAUUGCGCCAUUUCUGCUCUCUCGAAGGAGAGACAUUCGCAUGAUGAUGUUAUUCACUCGAAAUACACAUCCUCCUUGUAAACUUUUUCUUUUUUUUUAACUUCUCAAUAAAAUUGCAAUAUUUCUCACCAACCGGAACAUCACGAUGCAUGGACAUCAAGUGGGCAGAUGCAAUAAUUUUUUUCUCAUUCCGCAUUAAGACAAAAAAAUUGUCUGUAUGCGUAAAACUUCAAGAAAACCUUCUCUAAAAUGUUGAAAAGUUAUUGAACUUCCAUGAUCAGAGUGUGGGAUAUUUAUGUCUCUGUCGGAUUUAUAUUUUUAGUCUAGAUAUCUCGAGGGCUUUUAAACUGAAAUUGUAAAUUCUUUUGUGGACUUUUUUCUUAUAUUGUUCCUUAAUAAAUCUACAAAGGAUGUUAUGCACAAUAUAUGGGGGAUUUAUGUUGAGUAAAAAAGCUCUAAAGCUUCAUUUUUAAUUAAAUGUUUUUGGUCAAGUUUUAUGCGGUUUUUUUUGCACUGAAAGUGCCUCAAAAAUAUGACUCAUUAUUAAAAUUUUUAAAAUCUCAACUUGAACAAAAAAGUAAAAGAAACUUUUUGAGUUUUUGGUUUUUUGGUGGUAGAAAUUUUCAGAAAUUCCACUGGCACGACAAUCCUUAAUUCGAAAAUUAAAUAAUGUCCUUUGUUCAUAGACGUAAAAAUCUGCUCUGCAUAUUCACGUUGCUCUACUAAAUAAAAACUGCAAAUGCAAUGAAAAGUUUCUUAGCAAAAUCAAUGGAUUAUUGCAUCCAAUAGUUGAUCAUAUCGAGAGAGAAAAAAAGCUUUUAGACUUAAAUUUUUAUUGGUAGUGGAAGAACUCGCAAUGACGCCAGGUGGUGGAAAAAAGAAUGAUGAAAUCAUUUUCAUCGCGCGCGCAACUUGGUGUGCCUCCAUAAACGAUAAGAGAGGAAAAGAAAAACCCUUGUUGGCCUUAAACCAUUUAUCGUGUGUGUGUCCGAGAAUGCAAUGUCUGGUGCGGAUGUGCCCGUAGAUAAAAUUGGCAGAAGAUCUUUGGCCUGGAGGAAGGUGAAGGACGCCUCUGUAUUGCAAUUUAAUUCCAAUCGUCUGGGAAUUUUUACUACAUAUAUGUAUGCAAAUGCUGGAUGUUGCGCUGCAACACACGGUUAAUAAUUUUUCUUUCGCGCAUCUUCUUCGUAAGUUUGGAUGACGCAAUAUUUGAGCGCGUAUUUAUGAGAAUUCCUCACGAGAUGGCAAAAAUAAUAUACGCAGGGAUUUCUUCGGAAAUUGUGGCGCAAUUCCAUGAUCAUCGCACUGAGUCAUUCUGACCAACCAGUGAGAGCCACCGCAUAUUGCUGGAUCGGGAAAGAAAAAUAAAAAAAAAUGCUCGAGAUAUUCAGCAGUGUGAUCGUUCACCGACCCAUUGUCAUUUUGAACUUUGCACGAUGAGGAAAAAAUAAAUAAAAUUAAUAAAAUAGGUGACACCUUUUUUCGCGAAAUGCGUGUAGGUGAGGUUCUCUCCGUGUGUACACUGUGAAAAAAUGGUUGGUUGAUGGAGUAAAUGUUGCGAAAAAUGAUUAUGAUGUGGAUGUGUUGUAUGACGACCAGGCGGGGAAAUCAUGAUGACGCUGGCGGUUCCCCCACUCUCACAUGAGGCAUGCAGCAAUCGCCUGGCAAAGCGUGGUGGUGGCAUAUACAGUGUGAAAAGUAGUUGUGAUGAUUUCAGUUAGUUGAAGACUCCCAACAAGUUCAAAUCGAUUUCACUUUUCACUUUGAAUGUGGGGAGAUUUAUAAAGCUACAGCAUAAGUAAAAAAAAAUUAUAUAGAUAUAUAAGCUCUUGAUUUACCUGAAACGUCCACUACGGAGCCACCUUGAGUGAUUUUCACCGUGAUCUUGUAAUCAGUGUCUUGGGUGUGCGAAGAGACUUUAUUUUUGGUGUGAAGAUACCUAUCGCAGGUGUUUAACAGUGCUGAUAGGCUAAAGAAAAAAAAAUCGCAAAAGAAAAUAAUUUAAAAAAAAACGUGUGAGAGAUUUUUCACUUGAGAGAGGAUGGAAAAAAAAUUCAUGGAGAUUCAGUCAGACUGUACGAUAAAUUGCCAUGAAAAGAGACAUUUACAUGUGGUGAAUGAGAAUACAACGAGAACUCAAAAUAAUAUCCUUCAAGUGAUUUCAAUGAAUUUUCUCUUGAACCUCAAUUCAUUUGAUUAAUUUCUUAUUACCAACUCAUACAACAAACUAUAUAAUAGUUAAAAUACAAAAGCAAAAAGUGAGAGAAUCAGGAAGUUGGCUCGCAUACGAAGACUCAACAAGAGAUUAGGAGAGAGCAGACUUUGUCGUGAGAGAUUAAUCUAAAUGUGUAAAUUAAGUGUGAAUUUUGUAAAAGAAAAUUGAAAACAUUGUUGCAAUUUUUUAUCAAGUGAUUUUUACUGUGAGAGGUUGAAAAGAAAAUUGAACUUGCUAAGAUAGAUUGCAAUCAGUUUUUGCAGAAUUUUUUACGUCUGGAAGUUGUGAGAGAAUUAUAUGUAAUGAGAAUAAAGUCUCACAAAGUCGCAUAAUCGCAAGUCACAUGGUCCUUCAAAUGUUCUCGUGCUCGUCGCUCAGUGGUGAACAUCCAACAGAUACUUCACAUUAUCUACGAGACGAUAAUAAGCUCGUGUGUUGCGUUCAUUCUCAGUGUGACGUUAACUUGGGAAAGAGGAAGAAAGAGGUGUAUUAUAGCAAAAUCAACAGAGCUCUAAAUCCCUAAAAAGAGAUUACGCGAAGGACACGCAUUUUAAUUGCACUAACUCAUUUGCAACAAAGUGUAUGUAGCAAAAGCUCGCAGUAAAAGCUCUUGGCGAAAGUAAAGAAUUUGUAGCAAAAAAAAACUUCUUCAUUGGGAAACUCUACAAAAAGAAAAUUUUUCAUACACAAAAAAUCAACAACUUUGGUGUUGUUUUUUUUUCAAAGUUUUAUCGUCUCUGCAAAAGUUGAAAAACAAACCGUGUAACAACAUUUUCGUGCAAGUGGCCGCGAAGAUUAGGAGUGCGUGCUGGUAGUACAUUUAACAACAGAAAAAAAGUGUUUGAAUUUUUCCAAAGGCGGAAGAGCAUUUUUUUUGUGGUAGUCCGUGCAAGGAGGGCAAAAAUGGAUCUUCACGAACACAUAAUGUAUUUAUUUUUGACACUCAUUGGCCUGUGUUUUGCUCUUGGAUGUCGUCAAGUGAGGAGAAAAAAUGCCACUUGCGAUGAAAGAGUGAGUCAGAGGAUAAGCAAGGAGGAGAAGAAGGCACGAAAGGAGCGCAAGGAUAGCAGUGGGAUAUCGUCAGAUGAUGAGGCGAAUUUGCUGGAGAAGAAAUCAGACGAUGGGAGUAGCGAUACAAGCGAAGGAACGAGAAAUGUUCGCGGAAGGCGCUACGGUAGGAGUAAGGGGAAGAAACAACGGAGUAUGUGGAGAGAAAAAUCAACCACUAGUGAAGCAACUCGUGGGCAUCGCGAAGAGGAGGAGGAAGAAGAGAAGGAACUACACUACUACGUGGUAGCCACAAGCAGUAGCGGUAGUGAGGAUUCACCGAAGAAGAGUCCCAAUUUCCGUGGGAAGAACACCACAAAAAAUCCACGCAGGCAGCGUCGUAAUCAGCGUAAGGAUAGCCAGGAGUCGGUGGAGAAGGUAGCUGUUGGACCGAGGAAGGACAAGGAGAAAAGUGUGAAUUUCAGUGGGUGCGAUGAGGAGAGAAUAUGGACUCUCACACCACCACUGAGGCAGCACACAAAGCUCAAUAUGUCCGAGGAGACACUCACAUCGUGCCUCAGAUCUUACGUCCUCCUGCCGUAUCAGUUGCGUCCACUUGGCUUUCCCGUGACCUGCGACUGGGAUAGGCGCCGUGCAAUUAUCUACAAGAGCUCUCCGGGGGAGUUCUUUGCCCUCAAGAGGGCCUCAAUUGCAACCAAUGGGAGUGUUUUUGACGUCAAUGCAGCUGAAUUCGUUCCCGCCAGUCAUGGGGAAGUGACUCACGUUUCGCCGGUGAUUGUCAAUGAAUGCGAUGGGCUGGAGAAGCCAUCACAGGAGGCACUACUGUCGGAAGAUAGUGGUCAGAGUAGUGGAUCAUCGAGUCCACCGUCUGUGGAUGGGGAAGAUGCCCUCGAUGAUACGGUUACAUUCAUUCCCAGCGAAGAGAAGCGUUGCUGUCGCUGCGGCAGAGGAUUCUUCGUGACUGUCGAUGGGGAAUACUUGACCCAUGAGCAGUGUGUCUUCCACUGGGGGAAACUUCAGCGUGUUGACUGUCUUCCCUUUGGACGAGUGGAGUUUUCUUGCUGUGGCGGUGAUGCCGGUAGCCGCGGAUGCACAACAAAUCGCCUCCAUGUUUGGUAUGGCCUCCAGACAGGACUCAAUGGUCCAUUUGAGGGAUUCGUUGCCACACGACCUGGUGCUUCAGAUGGGAAGCAUCAAAUCUUCGGCCUUGACUGUGAAAUGUGCUUCACAGGACGCGGGCUGGAGUUGUGCAAAGUGUCCGUGGUGGCAUCCGAUGGGAGGCUCCUCUAUGAGCGCCUUGUGCGUCCCGAGUGCCCAAUUGUUGACUACAACACACGCUUCUCGGGUAUCUCAGAGCAGGAUUUCACAUCACGCGGUCAAGCGGUGCGAACACUGAAGGAGGUGCAGCAGGAUUUGCUGAAGAUGAUUUCAGCGGAAGCAAUUCUCAUUGGGCAUGGUCUCGAAAAUGAUUUGCGUGCCCUGAAGAUUAUCCAUAGGAAUAUCAUUGACACCUCUGUGGUGUUUCCUCACACAUCUGGAUUGCCAUUUAGGCGUUCCCUCAAGUCCCUUGCAAAGACCUUCCUCAAGCGUGACAUACAAACAGCUGCUACGGGACACGAUAGCCUCGAAGACAGCCGGGCGUGCAUUGAGCUUAUGCUAUGGCGUGUCCGGAAGGAUUUCCGCACGAGCAUAAAUGCCCACUAAAUCAAAAAAUGGUGAGGAAACCCACACUCAAAAGACUGCUGCCUGCAGAAAUAUUUUCUGUGAUGUUUUAUUCAUUUUAUUUCGUUUUUAAUUUAAUUUUUUUAUCAUCGGUAAUCCUCGCAAGUUUAAAAUUUGAUUUUACAAUUUUUAUCCCUGUGCUUUCAUGAUUUUUUUUCGCAUAUUUACCUUUAUUAGUUUCCCAUAAAUAUAUUUUUAUUAUUAUAAUGCGAAUUUUUUCUUGUCCGCGAGGAUAGAUAAAUUGUACAAGAAACAGAGAAUCUUAGUUAUAUAAGAGAUAUGUUGUAGAUUGUAUGGAAAGAAGAAGGAGAAAAAAAACAGCUGAUAUAUACCACUAAAAAUGUUAAUAAAAGUCGAUGAAAUAUUCUUAAUUGAAGAUAAA